GAUAGGUCUCAUGACAAGCUGGCCAUUCAUUUUCAGCAAAUUGAAAUUAGAUAGGAUGAAAAGAAGGCAACUCAAAACUCACAAAUGCAAUCACCAAAUUGCAUUAAAGAGGCCUCAAAGGCGUGCUUUAGCACCUGCUGCGCCAAUCCCCUUCCCUCCGCGGCCGACUCCACCCCCGGCCGCAACUUCGUCUCCGCAAUCCUCUCCACUCUCCAUCCACACACAAGUUUCACCAAUCACGAGUCACUCCCCUCGCUGCGGGACCUCCUCUCGCGCCUCAGAGACGCCGUCCCCAACUACUUCAACACCGUCCUCGCUGACAGCGUCAGAGCUCUGGAAUACAACCACUUCCUUCUCUCCAACCACGUCUGCCUCGACUACGUCGGCCACGGCCUAUUCUCCUACGCCCAAAACCCGUAUGCAGACGACAGCUUCUUUGACUUUUCCUACUGCUCUACCAACUUCACCUCCUACCUCCUCUACGGCGCCGAGGAGGCCCAAUUCCACGCCUCCGCGAAGCAAAGAAUCUUGAAGUACAUGAACCUUUCCGAGGAAGACUACUCGCUAGUCUUCACGGCCAGUCAAUCGUCGGCAUUCAGCCUCCUCGCAAACUCCUACCCCUUCGACUCCCACCAGAGCCUCGUCACAGUCUAUGACCAUGACAACGAGGCUCUGGAGGUGAUGAUACAGGCCGCCAGAAAACGCGGCGCACGGCCACAGUCCGCCACGUUUUCCUGGCCUGGCCUCAGAGUCAAUUCCAGGAAACUGAGGAAAAUUUUAAAGAACAAAAAACGCGGCCUGUUUGUGUUCCCACUCCAAUCGAAAAUGAGCGGAGCUCGUUAUUCGUAUCAGUGGAUGAAUAUGGCGAGAGAGAAAGGAUGGCACGUGUUGCUGGAUGCAUCAGCUUUAGCACCAAAGGAAAUGGAGACAUUAGGCCUCUCUCUCUUCCACCCGGAUUUCCUCAUCUCUUCAUUCUUCAACAUUUUCGGCCGAAACCCGGCCGGAUUCUGUUGUCUCUUCAUCAAGAAAUCCAACGUUUCUCUACUCUCUCAAUCCUCGACUAACAUGGGAAUCAUCAACCUCGUACCACCUAUCAAAUCGUCUUCUUCCAGCUCGGAAGAGCGCAAAUUGUUGUCCGAGAUAGUGGAAUUGGAUCGUGAUAAGGCGAUCGAGUUCCGCGGCCUGGAUAACGCGGACGCAUUGGGCCUGAUUCUGAUCAGCAGCAGGCUGAGGUACCUGGUGAACUGGCUGGUGAACGCGCUGACGAGUCUCCGGCAUCCGAACGCCGGGAAUGGGGUGCAGCUGGUGACGGUGUACGGGCCGAGGAUCAGGGUGGACCGAGGGCCGGCGAUCGCGUUCAAUGUGUGCGAUUGGAAGGGGGAGAGAGUUGAGCCGCUUUUGGUGCAGAAAUUGGCUUGUCGAAACAACAUCUGUGUCAGCAUUGGGGUGUUGAAAAACGUGUGUUUUGAGGGAAGUUUGGGAGUGGUGUGGGCUUCAAUAGGGAUGUUAACCAAUUUCGAAGAUGUGUACAGAUUGUGGGCAUUUGUUGCGAGGUUUUUGGAUGCUGAUUUCGUGGAGAAGGAGAAAUGGCGUUACACCGCGCUUAAUCAGACAACUGUUGAGGUUUAAGUUUAACUACUAUGCUCCAUCAUCCAUAAUUCUCACUCCAUUAUUUUUUUUGUUCCUAAUCAUUGCAACCAAAAUUGAAUGAUAUUCAACACUUUAUUUAAUCAAACAACUGUUGAGGUUUAACAUCAACGCCCUUUAGAACGCAAAUAAAUCAUAUUCUCUCA